AACAGUUUAGAAAACCCGCAGCUAAGUUUCACUUCACAAAAAUUUCUCAAUGGCACGAGUUUCUUCGUACUUAAUACCAGACAGGCAAUCGGAUUAUGCCCUGUUGGCCUUUCCAGAGAAGUUAUGGUGGAUCGUAAAUAAUCCUAAACGCGACGAAAUUCAUUGGAAUGUCCUUGGAACAUGCAUUGUUAUUCCGAACACUCAGAGGUUUAUUUCUGAGGUUCUAAACAAUCCAUCUAACGGACUUUUCAAGACAAAACAUUUUGCGAGUUUUGUCCGUCAGUUGAACUUGUAUGGGUUUCGAAAAGUCACGGAAUAUGGGAAACGGACGAUAUCGCCUCCGUUUUCGGUGCAUUCUAAAUGCGAAUUUAAACAUCCCUAUUUUCGGAAGGGAAGACAAGACCUGUUAGUUCAUGUCAAAAGACAGCAGUACUCCUCCAAGAAACCAGACAACAAGCGUCAGGCAAAUAACCAUAUUCCAUCCUCAACAAAACCGGAGCUCAAUCAACCAACUGCUUCCACUUCAGUCAGUAGUUCUUGGAACUCUACGCUGUAUACACCAAUGCCAUUUGUCCCUUUGCAAACUUCACUUCACAUGCCCUUCACUCUGUACGCACCCUUUUACAACGCUUAUCAGUUGGCUCAAAUGCAGCAGGGACCAGUGGUGGGUCUAUCGAAUGCUCAAGGCCACGGAUUGCCGGGACAAUUUCCGCAAAGCCCUCCAAGCCCCACUUUGUCGUGGGCUCAGAAUCUGGGACAUCGCGAAGAAAAUCUGAAACCUGUUUCUUCUUUUGUACCAAUGCAAAGCGAGGCCAGCAAUGCUGGGAUCGUAUCUUUUCGAGAAACUUUGCCACCUGAAGCUGUUAAAAGUCAAGAUAUUCCUCUUUCUCCUACAGUGAAAAAAUCAAUGGCUAUAGCUAUCCCAGUUUCAACGACGGAUACUAUCAUCCAAACACCGAUAACUAAAUGUAGGGAAACUGCUACAUUAACUCGAGAUCAAGAACAUACCAAACGCGAUAUCGAUACAAAGUUUGUGGCUUCUACAGUGACUAAUUCCAUUUCGGCCCAAGGAAGCGUGCAUGCCAUAAUGAAGGAGCCCGCUGAGACAACAGGCUCGUGCUGGCAAACUUUCACAGUGAACGCAAUUCCGAAGGAAUUGGCUGUGAAACCUUUUGUCCCAGUUUCAAAAUCUAUGAUGUCAAGAGGAAACAGCGAAAUGUAUUUGGAUGAUAAUCCCUUGCUAUUCAAUCGAGGACUAGUAAAUGAUGAGAAAGUAGUUUCAAACGGUACUAAAUUUUCUAAAGAAUUUGUCCAUGUGUGACAGAAAUUUCUGAAAAAUUAAGAUAAAGGACAUUUUUCGAUUAAAAAAAUUGAGACUAACUCAUUGCAGAAUUUAUUCUAAGUUUUUCGUAAUGUAUGAAAACCGAUCUUUUUUUUCUUUGCGCUACUUUAAGAGGUUCUUGUAUUGAACAACUAGAUCCUGAACAAACCUUGUCUAUGUUAAGCUGUAAACUACUUGGAGAAUGUAAAUUUAUUAAAUGUCGAUUUAAUAAAUUUAACACA